AUGACCUUCGAGCUCGAUGCGACCUCGCCCCGCGAGGGCGAAGCCGCGAAGGCUGAGGAGCCCCAAGUGGAUCCGCCGGUGAUGAUGGUGUCCUCUGACAUGGAGUGGCUCGUGCAGUGCCACCUGCGGGUGAAGCCCACCAUCGACGGCGUUUGCGGCGGAGGUGCUGCCUCGGAUGCUGCCGGCAGCGGCGAUCAUGAGGUGCGGUCUCCCGAGGGUUUGUCGACGAGAUGGGCAGAAGGAAACUCUGACUCGUGA